AUGCACUUGAUGACCGACUUUGCCCCCUGGGUCACAAAGGUCACAGCGCGAGCACUCGGACAAGGGACGCUCACAGUCAUGGUCCAGGAACGACAUCUGUGGCUGAACCUGGUCCAGAUCCGUGACCCUGACAAAGCCCACUUUCUCAACGCCCCGUCUCCCAGUUCGGUUUAUUCGAAUUUCUUCAUGGGUAAUCGGUAUUUAGAGGUCUUCCUGUCAUUUCUUGGAUCAGUAUCACUUGAGAAAUCAACAAGGAUAAACAGGAUGCUUAAGAACAUCAGCUCAAUCACAGCGAUGGAGAAUGAUUACAUCUCAGUGAUUUCUCAGAUCUUCUUCUAUCUGACGUUUCUCCUCGGAGUUCCAGGAAAUGUCUUUGUUGUGUACAUCGCUGGAAUGAAGAUGAAGAGGACCGUUAAUACAAUAUGGUUCCUUAAUCUAGCGAUUGCAGACCUCCUGUGCUGCCUUUCUACACUGGUCUUUAUAAUAGGGGACUCUAUUGGCAAUAACUGUGAAUUAGGAUCUGUCGUGUGCAAGAUUUUUCCUUUGGUUGCAUUUGUCACCGUGUUUGCCAGUGUCUUCAUCUUGAGUUUGAUUAGUCUGGAUCGGUUUACACAGGUGAUCACUCCAGUUUGGGCUAAAAAUCAUCGCAGUCUGUUGCUUGUUCGACUGUCCUGUGCAGCGGCCUGGAUCCUGUCUAUAGCUCUUAAUGUGCCCUUUAUGAUAUUAACAAGAACCAUUGAAUAUGAUAACAUCACACACUGCGUAGUGUUUGAUUAUGACUUUGAAACAUAUAGAAAGUUUACUGUCAUCAGCUUUGUGUUUGGUUUUAUGAUUCCUCUCAUAUGCAUCAUCACAUGUUAUGGAUUCAUUGCACGAAAGUUGGGCAGGAGUCGUUUUCACUCUGGACGAGCGUUUCGCAUCAUGUCGGCUGUUAUUGUGGCAUUUUUUCUGUGUUUGCUGCCGUAUCACAUUGUGUAUUUGAUCAGGAUGUUUGGUGUUCAUCAAAGUGUCAUGUUUGCCAGUAGAUUUGUCCCAUUGACCGUCUGUUUGGCGUUUUUCAACAGCUGUCUGAAUCCAGUUCUGUAUUUUUUCAUAGGGCAGGAUAUUAAGGAGAAGUUUAAACUUUCAUUAAAGUUAAAACAUGUUUUUAAAAGAGCUUUCUCUGAGGAGGAGACACAAAUAUCACAAUCCACCGAGACACAACAAAUACAAUCAUUUUAA